UACGAUGGCGUACUACAAGGGUGCCGCCUCGGAAGGUGGCCGAGCCGCCCAUCUCAUGAAACGGCGUGAACUAGCCCAACAGGAGGUCGAAUUUCGCAAGAAAAAAAUCGAGGAGGACCUCAAAGUAAGCAACAUUGAGAACAAAUUCGCCGCCCAUUACGAUGCGGUGGAGCAGCAGCUUAAAAGCUCCACCAUCGGGUUGGUUACCCUGGAUGAGAUGAAAGCGAAACAGGAGGACAUUGUCCGGGAGCGUGAAAAAAAGUUAGCCCAAAAGAAGGAGGAAAAGGACAAGGAAAAGUUGAAGGCGCUCGAAGCUAAGCUGGCGGAAAAGGAUCGCCAGAAGCGACAGAUACAGGCACUGUCGUUUGAUCCGGAAGAUGAGCCGGAGGAGCAGGAGGAUGAUGGAGAUGGCGGUUCGGAGAAGGAUUCGGAAGUGGAGGAUAAAAAGAAAGAGCUGGUUAUUAAGCGCUCCUGGAAGGAUCAGGCACCGAGUGGCGUGAAAAAGAUUCGUAAAAACCCGGACGUGGAUACGUCGUUUUUGCCGGAUCGAGAGCGUGAGGAGCGUGAUAAUCGGUUGCGCGAGGAACUGCGACAGGAAUGGGCCAUGAAACAGGCAACAUUGAAGGAUCAAGAAAUUACCAUCACGUUCAGUUACUGGGAUGGAUCGGGACAUCGAAAAUCUGUCGUAAUGAAGAAGGGUAAUUCUAUCUAUCAGUUCCUGCAAAAAUGUCUGGAAAUGCUUCGCAAGGACUUUAGCGAGUUGAAGACGGUAAUGGCCGACCAGUUGAUGUACGUGAAGGAAGAUUUAAUUCUACCGCACCAUUACACCUUCUACGACUUUAUCGUGACGAAGGCACGUGGUAAGAGUGGUCCGCUGUUCAAUUUCGACGUGUUCGAUGAUAUUCGUAUGAUAAGCGAUGCCACGGUAGAAAAGGAAGAUUCUCACGCUGGCAAAGUGUUGCUCCGUUCGUGGUACGAGCGUAACAAGCACAUCUUUCCGGCUUCUCGCUGGGAACCGUAUGAUCCUACCAAGGUUUACGAUAAGUACACAAUCAAGGACAAGAGCAAGAAGUAAUAGACGAACAUUUAAU